GGUUCCAAGCAUCGAAUCGUCAAAUGAUAUAUGUUUUUUCUUUUUAAUGUGAACCGCAUGCUUUUGUAUCAGUGUUACUAGUGCUCAAAUCUUUCAGUCACAUAAUCAGCAUCAUACAAUCUGCUUCUCACCGGAUCAGCUCAUAAUCAGCAAAAUGGUUUGUGUUUGGAAAGCACUGUGCUACAUUUCGAUCAUGCGGUGAUUUUAAAAAAUGUCCGAAACGAGGAGCUCGCACUUCUUCUACGUUUCGUUGGACGAAAUUCAAAAUUGCAAACCCUUUGAAAGGCCAUUAGGGGGACCCAAUGUUCGACAGGAGACUCGUGAUGAGAUUGCCCGCCAGUUUAACAAAAAAAAGCCCCCGCUGUUCCUAGAAGACAUAACCGAUAACAGUUCGAACCCUGAUAAAAUUAAUACCAAAGAGACCAAUCUACAAGUAGGCAGUCAUUACUUGUGGAAUUGUGACAUUUGGAGGCAAAAAUUUCUGGUUCAAAACGCUCUCUACUGCUCCUCUUUAGCCUACGAAUCAUACCCAUAUAACAAUUUAAGGAAAAAGGACAAUUUUCACGGAGUAACGAAACUGGUUGCAGCUAACCGAUUAUUCGGUCAACAAGUGGCUUCUUUGUUUUUGUUGGAAAAGGAUCAAAGUUUACGAGGCGAACAAAUAUUUCUUAUCGCCUUUAGAGGAACAACACUGGGCGACGAGCAUGAUUUUAUUACAAACAUUAAACUCGGUUUGAAAACAGAUUCCAAGUUUGAAGGAAAAUUUCACAGUGGUUUCUUGGAACGAUCGCAAAGUACGCCAAUUGAAGAGAUUUUAAAUUUGGCUGAAAAAUACAAUGUUAGACAAAUACUAACUUGCGGUCACUCUCUUGGCGGUGCAGUGUCGUCCUUGUGUCACUUGCGAUUGAUGCAAUUCCUUGAUGAAAAGGGAGACGCUUCAUUUGAACUGACCAACAUGACUUUUGGAGCUCCUUUUUUUGGCAAUCAUGAGCUCCAAGUAUGCGCGUCACAGCGAGGAUACACCCAUAGGAUGUUUCACUUUGUAAAUUCUUCUGAUAUCGUACCGAUAGUGCUCUCAUCUGGUCAAAUAAAAAAAUAUUGUGAUAGCAAAUAUUUAGGCAAAGUAAUGUUACCCGUAAUAAGAAAAACGAUCAAACUUUGCAUUCGGGCCGUUUGCAGAGAGAGUUUUACUCGCUCAGAACCAGUUACAGAAGAAGAAGUAGCAGAUAUUUCUGCGUUUCUGAACAAAGAGGAAACGACAAAUGACAAUAACUGUUAUGUUCCGAUCGGCAAAUACCUUUCGAUCUAUGAAGACAACAACCAAACAAAAAUUCAACAGCUUGGCAACCAACCCAGCACAGUUCGAUCCGUUUUGAACGAAAGAUUCGCAAAUCAACGUUUAAAAUGGUUCGAAAUAGAAUGCUUUCACUCACUACGUAACUAUUCCGAAACUAUCGAAAAAGGCCUGGGCGGUUUCCGUCCCAUCACUAAAACUAACGACAAUGUUCUAGUUGAAAAAGUGCAUCGCGUAGACUUUGCUGCAGAACACGGCCACAAUUUCGAAAUGUCAUUGACUUCCUACACUUGCGCGGCAAAUUGUGGCACCUCUUUACCUCUGAUGCGUUCCAAUAGCCCGUUUGUAUUUUGCAAAGCCUGUUAUCGGGACCCAAACACUGUGGAAUAUUUUUUCCAUCAACAAUGCUCACACAUAGACGUGCAUGCUACAAAUGAACACGAGGUGUUCAAAGACUUAAAUAAUAUUGGCUGUCUGAAACUUGUCCAACAUAACCGAAUCUUCGACAUGAUCGCUUUAUCGGCUGGAAAUCUGAUUGAAUUUUGCAUCUGGCAAGAAGCAACAAUUGAUGUUGCGAGAUAUUGGUCAGUCCCAAUUAGCGUAACCGAAACACUCAGUCUUCUAGUAGUAAAUAUUGGUCAACAGCUACACCACAAACUUACACAGGAAUUAAACAACAGAGAUUUUUAUACUGAUACUUUGGGCGACGUUGCAGCUAGUCUAUUUGCAGGCAUUACCACGCCCUUCAUUUUCCAGGGUUGUUGUGAGUUCUUCUUUCACAUCGAUGCAGGAGAAGAAAAAUGUAUUUCCUGGAAUUAUUUUUUUAAAAGAGUUGGAGUUGCAACAAUGAGUCUUAAGCUAGGGAAGUUUAUUUUGAAACGUGCCAUGGGGAAACUGCCGUACAUUUUGACAUUUGAAGAAAUGUCCAAUUCCGAUUUGUUUGUUACUGCUUUGAACGUUUUGGAUAUUCCCAGCUCAGACGAAGACAUUAACAAAAUUAGUCACAACGAAAUCAUGCAAUGCUACAUGUCAAAAGUUGGAGCUCAAUCUCUCGAACUCUCAACGUUGCCUGAUUACAAUCGUGAGCAGAAGUUUACAAACAGAGAUAAAUCUGAACAAUUGUACGAGUCAUCAAAAAACUUGUUGAUUUCGUUCUACAAAAACCCAAACUUGGUUUCUCGUGAGGUUAAACGUUUAGUCAAACAAAAGUGGGAACUAAACAAAGAAACCUGCUGUUUUGUCGCAUCGUCUGACCUUAUUGGGAAAAUGAAAACUUUACAAGAACAACUCCACUGACAGACAGAAAAACGAGCGGUAUUGAAUCGAGGCGAAAAAGAAAACAGCAAUCAUCGCAAGGAACGACAGCGAAAAGACCUCGCAGAUCGCCUCAAAAUACUGGACAGCAAUCAUCUUUUCCAUUAUCAGAAAAUUGUAAUGUCAUUUUAAAUUGAAUGAGUCUGAAAAUACUGCCAUA